GUUACUCUUUGGAAAAUAAUCUUUUAUUGACUAAUUCUUCUAUAAAAUUUUAGGUUAAUCAAGCUCUUCUUGACUUGAUCAAGGCAUCAGAAAAGAAGAUUAGCCCACUUGAUUGGACUAAUUUUCCCCUGGAAAGUUCUGAAUGUCUGAGUAGGAAGAUAUCAUUUGGUGGAACCACAGAGGGAGAAAGGACUCUAUUUAUAGAAAAAAUCUAUAUUUGCCUAUUAUACCUAUUUAGCCUACUUGUAAUCCCAUUGAAGUAUGGAAGAAGAGCUCUGCAAGGCUCAAAACCAAAUAGAGUUGGAGCUACCCUCACAUAGUCAAUCAACCCUCUUGUUUUAUUGGGAUCCAUUGACUUCUAAACUUAGCGGCACAACAAUACGAGCAGCCAGCUAACAGGAUAUUGAUCAAUAAACCAACUGAAGAAUAACCAAAGUUUGGAAUGACAAAAAGUUUGUAAAUGGCAGACAUUAAAACAAGCCAAUAUCAGUAUAGAUUACCGUACACCAAAGUGCAGGAAUAAGCUUGGGGCUGGAUGGUUUUAACUCCACCCUCCACGCUUGGAUUGAAUUUUGGGUCAAACAUGUCAUGUAAAAGAAGGAAGACUAGGAACAAUCUUCCCCCAAAGAACACGUUUGAAGAAAAGAACCCCCCCUGUGCUUUAUGUGUUUUAUGUAUGCUUGAAGCGCAGGCCAAAAACAGAAUGCAAAUAACAACAUGAUGCGAUACAUGUUUUCAUCUUGCAAACAUGUUUUCUCUUUGGACAUCUUUUAUAUAUGAUGGUUUCAUCUUUAAAGUUUCUACCUAAAUUUCAUAUAUGCCUUGAAGCUGGGAACAGAACAUAAACAAAAAUGGUGGCAAGCAAGCAACAGGAACUUCGGUUAUAAUCCAAUCCUAACCACGAAAUCCUCCCCCAGGAACUCAUCAUGGUUGCAGAGCAUGAAGAUGAUGUAUUUGAGUUAUGACUUUAGAAAUCGCGACUAUUUCAAUCAAUCAAGAACCAGCAUAGUAGAAGAAAGAAAUUAAGAACAGUUGUUACAAAAGAAGAUGCUGCAAAGAACCAAGUACAAAAUCGAAGAAAACGAAUGUAAUUAGUGAGGAAGGGAAGAGAGAAAGUACCUGAUUUGCGAAGGUUGUUUGUGGAGGAUUGAGUGAUCAAUGGGGAAGGAAAAGUGGUUGCUUCUGAAACGAAAAAGAAGAUUCGAAUGUAUCUUAAGAUGUACAAUAUUUCCAAAUAACAUAAUAUAAACAAUUGUGCGUCAU